UUAGCACGUCCAUCCCCCCCCCCCCUCUCUCUCUCUCUCUCUCUCCAUUUGCUUGGCACUUCAAAAACUUCUCUUUCACUGUGGGUGUCCGUGUUCAAGGGAGAUAGAGAUGGCCAAUUACGGAACUAUUCCUGUAUCUUCAUCCCCGUCCCCUGCCUUAGACCUCUUCUCCAAAGCCAAGGAGAAGGGGAUAUCGAUCUACGCAAAGCGCCGGCCGUGGCGCGAGCUCACUCAUCUCGACUCCUUUUCCUUCCCUCCCAGCUUCCGAGAAGCAGUCGCUCGCGUCCGAGCCAAUACAGAUUACUUCCGCGUGAACUACGCUCUUAUCGUGUUGGUGGUGGUGUUCUUGAGUCUCUUGUGGCAUCCCGUCUCGCUCAUCGUCUUCCUUGUUAUGAUGGCCAUCUGGUUGUUCCUCUAUUUCUUGAGAGAUGAUCCCCUGAUCUUUUUUGGGCGCACCCUCGGUGACCGCCUGGUGCUGCUACUGCUAUCGGUUGUGACGCUGGUGGCCCUCUUGCUCACACAUGCCACAAAGAACAUACUGGUGUCACUGACCAUUGGAAUUGUUCUUGUUUUGGUCCACUCAGCCAUUAGAUCGAUUGAGAAUCACUAUGAGGAUGACAAAGAGAGUGGGCUUUUGCCUGCUGAAAGCUCAGGGAGCACUUGAGGCCUUGGUUCCUCUUCUCUUCUUGGAUUUUGUCUGUAAUAUGAUCAUUGAGAGUGAGGACUUUGUUAAAAGUUUGAUUCAGCAUCAAUAAAAAGCAUUGGGGGUUUAGUUACUCA